AUGUACAUAAAUGCUUUUUAUUGGUCUAUUGUAACCAUGGUUACCCUAGGCUACGGUGAUAUUAUUCCUAUUACUCUCAAUGAAAAAAUAUAUGCUAUAGGAGUAGCUUUAGUUGGCUGUUUUAUAUUAUCAUACUCUAUGAAUUAAGUUGGUGAGAUAUUGAAUGGAUUAGCCAAAUCUAAUACUAUGUUCAAAGAAAAAUUGCAACAAUUGAAUAACUACUUUAGUAAGAAUUGCUUAGAAAGAGACUUGCAACUCAAAGUCAUAAAAUACUACGAGUAUCUUUAGUAAGAAGAUUAGGAAUGUAUUAAUGAAGGUUAUAAACUAAUCUAACAACUUCCAGAUUAAUUGAGAAAAGAAAUUUAGUCUAAAUUAUAUCAAAAUUUAUUUUUAAAUAAGAAAUUUUUCUCUCUUAAUUUUAGUAAAGAAUUUCUUCACAGUUUAUCUCUUAAAAUCCAAGAAGAUGUACUUCACCCAAAGCAAAUUUUAUAUCAAAAAGAUGAACAUCCUUAAAGAUUGUAUUUUGUAUUGAAUGGAAAAAGAGAAAUGAUAGGUGAAAUAGAGUUUUUUAGUGAUAAAUAGUAUGAGCAAAGCGCAAAGUCAAUGUCUGUUACUAAUGUUGCUUAUAUUGAAAAAGCAGACUUUUUAAUAGAACUUUACAAAUACCCAACUGACUAUCUUAUCUUAUAUACUGUAACAUUUUGA